AGCCCAGCAGCCUCCACUCAACUUUCCCAAGGGAGCCCCGCCAGAGAGCAGGGCGACUGCGGAGUCUAGAACCUGCCCGGAGCCCUCUUGGAACGCCGAGAUGAUAGAACGAGAGAGGGGGGGUGGAGAAACCCCGCCGAAGAGUAAAAAUUCAUCGGAGGAGCCGCAAACAAGUGUAUUCAUAUUCAAACAAAUGGACCAAUUGAACCAGGCAGAGAGAGGGAGCAUCCAAUCGGCAGCCGCGAGGCCCUGAAGCUGCUUUGCAUAAAGCAAUAUUUUGUGUGGGAGAGAGCAGUGCAUUUGCAUGUUGCGGAGUGAUUAGUGGGUUUGAAAAGAGAGCCGUGGCUCAGCCUCAUUUCCCGCUCUGGUUAAGGCGCAGGAGGAAGUGUUUUGCUGGCGGAUGAUGACAGAGGUCAGGCUUCGCUAAUGGGCCAGUGAAGAGCAGUGGAGGCGAGACAGGGAGCCGGCACACACACAUUAAUACACUUGAACCAUCACCAAUCAGCUUAGGUGUGCUCUGUCUCCCGGUACUUCCCUCACACACUCUCACUCUCCAGUCACUGACAGCCCAUUGUAUUGUCAAUCUCUGUCUCCUUCCCAGGGAUUCGAGAAUUUCUCUCCUCACAAACCAAACCAGCAGCUUCACUGGAGAAAACUCUUCCCGGCAUCUCCUUUAAAACACCAUCCUUUUUCCAACCGUUGCGGUCUUUAAAAACAAGCCAAAAAACCAAACAAACCCCAAACCAAACAAAAGCAAAACAAACAAACAAACAAACAAAACUCUUGACAGGAGCUUUUGACAAGACAAGAUGCCUCAGGAAGGGGGAAGACUUUAACUAGGGACGUGCAGAUGUGUAAGUCCUCCCAUUGUAAGAGAGGACAGUCAUCCCAGAUCUCAGAGUCCUAUAUCCGAGCCACGUGGGAUCCCGCUGCCUCAAGCCACCAUGCAGAACAGUCACAGUGGAGUGAAUCAGCUCGGUGGUGUAUUUGUCAACGGGCGGCCACUGCCGGAUUCCACCCGCCAGAAGAUCGUGGAACUAGCUCACAGCGGGGCCCGGCCGUGUGACAUUUCCCGAAUUCUGCAGAUGGCUGCCAGCAACAGGAAGGAGGGGGGGAGAACACUAAUUCCAUCAGCUCAAAUGGAGAAGAUUCAGAUGAAGCCCAAAUGAGACUUCAGCUGAAGCGAAAACUGCAGAGAAAUAGGACAUCCUUUACCCAAGAGCAAAUUGAGGCUCUGGAGAAAGAGUUUGAAAGAACCCAUUACCCUGACGUGUUUGCCAGAGAGAGACUAGCUGCCAAAAUAGACCUGCCUGAAGCAAGAAUACAGGUAUGGUUUUCUAAUCGAAGGGCAAAGUGGAGAAGGGAAGAGAAACUGAGGAACCAGAGAAGGCAGGCUAGCAACACACCCAGUCACAUUCCCAUCAGCAGUAGUUUCAGUACGAGUGUCUACCAGCCAAUCCCACAACCCACCACUCCUGUUUCCUCCUUCACAUCAGGUUCUAUGUUGGGUCGGACAGACACAGCUCUAACAAAUACAUACAGUGCUUUGCCACCCAUGCCCAGUUUCACGAUGGCGAACAACCUGCCUAUGCAACCCCCUGUCCCCAGCCAGACCUCCUCUUACUCUUGCAUGUUACCCACUAGUCCAUCGGUGAAUGGGCGGAGUUAUGAUACUUACACCCCCCCGCACAUGCAGACACAUAUGAACAGUCAGCCCAUGGGCACUUCGGGUACCACUUCAACAGGCCUCAUUUCCCCUGGAGUCUCAGUACCUGUUCAAGUUCCUGGAAGUGAACCUGAUAUGUCUCAAUAUUGGCCACGAUUACAGUAAAAAAAAAAAGAAAGAAAGAAAGAAAGAAAGAAGGAAAAAGAAAGAAAGAAAGAAAAAGAAAGAAAGAAAAAGAAAGAAAGAAAGAAAAAAGAUGUGUUAUUUCAGUCAGUGACUAUAUAUGGACAACAGUUGGAUGUUGUAGGAGUAUUUUAUAAAGGAAGAUCAGCUGUCAGAAGUGCUUCUGUAUUACGACUGUGUCCUGUAUCAUACUAUACCACUUGGAGAAAAAGACUUUACCCAUGGACCUUUGUACACAGAAGGCAUUAUAUCAGUUGGAACAAAUCUUCAUUUUGGUAUCCAAACUUUUACUCAUUUUGGUGUAUUAUUUGUAAAUGAGCAUUUGUAUGUUAUAAUGGAAAACAAAGAACAACGUGGACUGGAUGGAUAUUUCUGAUCUGUGUUGGUCAUGAAGCUGUUUAAAAAAAAGGAGGCCAUGAUCAACGAGUUCUGCCACAAAUUUAAGAGUUUUUAUCAAGAUAUAUCGAAUCCUUCUACCAAUCUGUUCAUAGGUGAUGGACUGACAUUCUGAGUUUGUAUCAUUCCAUCCCAUAUAAUGAAACCUGGAACAAUAUGCACUAGACUUUUGUAAGAAAAAAAAAUCUGUUGGGUUCCCAAAGGUUGUUAACGGAUGAAGUUUAUGUGCAAAAAAAAAAGGAUAUGAGAGAAACUUCAAGGAAAAGUUGAUAGAUAAAAAGGUAGAUUGUGUCUUCGAUAUAAUCCAAUUUGUUUUAUGUCAAAAUGUAAGUAUUUGUCUUCCCUAGAAAUCUCCCAGAAUGAUUUCUAUAAUAAAGUUAAUUUCAUUUAUAUUUGA